GGAGGAACUCUUUAUAUAGAGUUAAUAACAAAGUAUUGCCCACACGUGUGCAGUGAGCAAGCCGACCAGGGCCAGGUGAGAAUCUUUGCUAUAGGAACCUUCACUUUCUCCACACCAGCUCUAAAAGAUCUCUGCUACUGAUUUAUAGUAAAGACAAGGAAACACCCUCAGCAUGGCCUCAGAGAGCCACAUGCCAGCCCCCCUGUGCCUCAUUGAGAACAUUAAAGGGCAGCUGGUGGCUAAUCAGGAAGCUCUGAAGAUCCUGUCUGCCAUUACCCAGCCAGUGGUGGUGGUGGCUAUUGUGGGCCUGUACCGCACAGGCAAAUCCUACCUGAUGAACAAGCUGGCUGGGAAGAGAAAGGGUUUCUCUGUUGGCUCCACAGUGCAGUCUCACACCAAGGGCAUCUGGAUGUGGUGUUUGCCUCACCCCAAGAAGCCAAGCCACACCCUAGUUCUGCUUGACACCAAGGGCCUGGGCGAUGUGCAGAAGGGUAACCAGAAUAAUGAUACUCAUAUCUUUGCACUGGCAAUUCUACUGAGUAGCACCUUUGUAUACAAUACAAUGAACAAAAUUGACCAGAGAGCUGUCGACCUAUUGCACUAUGUCAUAGAGCUGUCAAAUCUGCUCAGGACCAUAACCUCACCUGAUGGCAGCAGGGCUGAAGAUGCAGCUGACUUUCAGUGUUUCUGUCCAGAUUUAGUGUGGACUCUGAGAGAUUUCUACCUAGCCCUGGAAGUAGAUGGGAAGCUCAUCACAACAGAUGAAUACCUGGAGAAUUCACUGAAGCCAGGGCAAGGCACUAAUCAAAGGCUUCAAAAUUUCAAUUUGCCUGAUCAAUGUAUCAAGAAAUUCUUUCCAGUAAGGAAAUGCUUUGUCUUUGACACACCCACUCACAGGAAGAAAUUUGCCCAGCUUGAGACACUGUGUAAUGAUGAGCUGAAUCCUGAUUUUGUGCAACAAGUAGAAGAAUUCUACUCCUACAUCCUCAACCAUUCCAAACCUAAAACUCUUUCAGGAGGCAUUAAGGUCAAUGGACCCUAUCUAGAGAGCCUGGUGCUGACCUAUGUCAAUGCUAUCAGCAGUGGGAAUCUGCCCUACAUGGAGAAUUCAGUCCUGACUUUGGCCCAGAUCAAGAAUUCAACUGCAGUGAAAAAGGCCAUUGCUCACUAUGACCAGCAGAUGAGCCAGAAGGUCCAGCUGCCCACAGAAACCCUCCAAGAGCUGCUGGAUCUGCACAGCGCCAGCAAAAGAGAGGCCAUCAGAGUUUUCAUGGAGAACUCUUUCCAGGAUGUGGACCAAAGUUUCCAGAAAGAAUUAGAGACUUUGCUGGAAGCAAAACAGAGUGACUUUUAUAAACAGAACUUGAAGGCAUCUUCAGAUUAUUGCUCAGCUUUACUUCAAGAUAUUUUCCAGCCUCUAGAAGAAGGUGUGAAGCAGGGGAUUUAUUCAAAGCCAGGGGGGUUUCGUCUCUUCGUGCAGAAGACAGAAAAGCUGAAGGCAAUGUACUAUCAAAAACCCAGAAAAGGAAUACAGGCUGAGGAAACUCUGCAGAAAUAUUUACAGUCCAGGGAGUCUGUGAGCGAUAGCAUUCUACAGAUGGACCUGGCUCUCACCAAGAGGGAAAAGGAGAUAGAAGAGGCACGUGUGAAAGCAGAGGCUGCAAAGGCUGAAGCUCAAAGGCUGGAGGCAAUUCAAAGGCGCAACCAGGAAAUGCUGGUGGAGAGGGAGAGACUCCAUCAGCAACAAGUGAGACGAAUGGAGAGGAACAGAGCACGUGACCUGGCGAUGUAUUGGAGGGCCCAGGAACGUCGGCUCCAGAUUGAGAGGAUUAUGUUUCCGGAGUUGGUGAAAGGUAUAUGGAAGAACUACACAAAUGAGAAACCGAAAAUGAGAGGUAAAAUGGACAUGCAUGGAAAAGAGGGGUCAAGGACCAGCUUCUUUUACUUACUGAGGGAUUCAAAUAAGAAGAGGCUGAAAAGAUCAGAGAGCAUACUGAAGCUGAAAGAAGAAGGCUUCACAAUAAGAUCCAGCAACUCCAGAGAGAAGUUCCCUCACCAGAAGAUCCAUGUAUCUUACUCUAAGAGCUAAAUACCAAAACUUACUUUUCUUGUUCACUUUCACUGAAGACACAAAGGAAUGAUAAAUUAUAGAACUUGGGACAAUCACCAUUUAAAUAAAUUUCAUAAUGAUUAUAUCAAACUUCUAUGCAGAGUUAUAGUUAUGAUACCCAUAUUUAGGUAAAGCUAAUCUCAAUAAUUCAAGUUUCAAUUGUUUCAAUGACUUAAUAGCUUACAUGAUCAUUUCCUUAAAGAGAUUAAAUUACAUAGUAAGGGAUAUUUUAUCACUGCCUCUAUGCUAGGGUGAUAUUGGGUUGGUUCCAUCAGAAGAAACUUUCUCCAGUACCCCAAUGCCACCCCUAUAAUUUUCAAUAUUUGUCAGAGGGGAGAUCAGAAGAGUCCUGGUGGGGGUGCAAUCUGCAAAGAGCUAAGUCCAGUGGGACUUGACCAAAGUUUUGGGCUCAGUUGGGUGUCACUCCCACCAGGUGGGGUGAUCAUGUGCUGGAUGCCAUCAAAAGGAGGCACCAAUGGUAAGGAUAACUGACCGAGCUUCUUAGUGGAAACAGCAUAUGGUUCUCCAGUGGGCAGAGAUUGUUCAGUCUAUAGACAGUGAUAUGACUCCUGGGCAUGGAGAGUAGGCUGUUUGCUUAGAUUCUAAGCUGUAAAGAAAUAACCUGGUAAUAAAAUAAAAGUACUCCAGAAGAUGGAUGGAACUACCAACAUGGAAAGUGAGUCGUGGGCUCAAGGCUAGAGAAGAUGUUUUCUUCUUGUUCACCCUCACAAAGGAGAUGAAUUAAAUAGGCCAUUUUAUAUCAUUAAGUGAUUAUAUUGGACUUAGUAAUUAUAUGUUGCAUGUUCAUAAUCCUUUAGAGCCUAUAAAUAAAUGGUAUAAGAAAUGCUAAAGUGCCCCAAAAUUUGAUGACUCAUUUAAUUUUAUCCUUGUAUAUAGUGCUGUAUUAUAUCAAAUUAUUAUAAAUCUUUGCAACCAUAUAUGAAAACCUACUUUUCUCUUUAAAAAUUAUGGAUUGCAUAAAUAUAUCUAUUUCUACAUAUUUUAACCACAUAUAAUCAUUAAAAAAUUUAAUAGCA